AUGGCUUCUCCUAAACUUUCUUUUUCUCUUGUGUUCUUCAUUUUAUUUGCUAUUGAGAUUUCUCUAAUAGCCAGUGAAGGAGAAAAAUAUGGUAAACCAAGUAACUUUGGUUAUCGUAAGUAUGGUUUUAUAGGAAAAAAUGGUCUUGGAGGGUAUGCAGAAAAAAACUACAAUAAUGACUAUUAUUGGGGACGAUGGAGCAAGUCUGAUCAAGGAAGUACUUAUUCUGGUAAUGGUGCUUCUGGAGGAUCAUCUAACGAAUAUGAUGAUCAUACAAGUAGUUGCAAAAGCCCUAGUAAUGGAAGUGGUUACAAAAGCGAGGAACCAUCCAAGGAAAACUACGGUAAUGCGAACAAUGGAAAGAAUGCAGGAGAAUACAAUAAUCCAAGUACUGGAGGAAAUAGUAACAAUGGUGGAGGAGAAGCGUCCAAAGGAUACAGUGGUAGUGGGAAUAGUGAGCAAAGUGGAGGAUCAGGAUACAGCAAUCCAAGUACUGGAAAUGAUAAUAAAGGUGGAGAGUCAUCCAAGGAUUACAGUGGUAGUGGGAGCAAUGGCAAAAGUGGAGGAGAAUACAGUAAUCCAAGUACUGGAGGAAAUGGUAACAAUGGUGGAGGAGAAGCGUCCAAAGGAUACAGUGGUAGUGAAGGCAAUGGCAAAAGUGGAGGAGAAUACAGUAAUCCAAGUACUGGAGGAAAUGGUAACAAUGGUGGAGGAGAAGCGUCCAAAGGAUACAGUGGUAGUGGGAGCAAUGGUAAAAGUGGAGGAGAAUACAGUAAUCCAAGUACUGGAGAAAAUGGUAACAAUGGUGGAGGAGAAGCGUCCAAAGGAUACAGUGGUAGUGGGAGCAAUGGCAAAAUUGGAGGAGAAUACAGUAAUCCAAGUACUGGAAAUGAUAAUAAAGGUGGUGAGCCAUCCAAGGAUUACAGUGGUAGUGGGAGCAAUGGCAAAAGUGGAGGAGAAUACAGUAAUCCAAGUACUGGAGGAAAUGGUAACAAUGGUGGAGGAGAAGCGUCCAAAGGAUACAAUGGUAGUGGGAGCAAUGGCAAAAGUGGAGGAGAAUACAGUAAUCCAAGUACUGGAGGAAAUGGUAACAAUGGUGGAGGAGAAGCGUCCAAAGGAUACAAUGGUAGUGGGAGCAAUGGCAAAAGUGGAAGAGAAUACAGUAAUCCAAGUACUGGAGGAAAUGGUAACAAUGGUGGAGGAGAAGCGUCCAAAGGAUACAGUGGUAGUGGGAAUGGUGGGCAAAGUGGAGGAUCAGGAUACAGUAAUCCAAGUACUGGAGGAAAUGGUUACAAAAGCGGAGAAGAACCAUCAGCCAAGGAGUACAAUGGAAAUGGUAACAAUGGCGGAGGAGAAGCGUCCAAAGGAUACAAUGGUAGUGGGAGCAAUGGCAAAAGUGGAGGAGAAUACAGUAAUCCAAGUACUGGAGAAAAUGGUAACAAUGGUGGAGGAGAAGCGUCCAAAGGAUACAGUGGUAGUGGGAGCAAUGGCAAAAGUGGAGGAGGAUACAGUAAUCCAAGUACUGGAAAUGAUAAUAAAGGUGGUGAGCCAUCCAAGGAUUACAGUGGUAGUGGAAGCAAUGGAAAAAGUGGAGGAGAAUACAGUAAUCCAAGUACUGGAGAAAAUGGUAACAAUGGUGGAGGAGAAGCGUCCAAAGGAUACAGUGGUAGUGAGAAUAGUGGGCAAAGUGGAGGAUCAGGAUACAGUAAUCCAAGUACUGGAGGAAGUGGUUACAAAAGCGGAGAAGAACCAUCGGCCAAGAAAUACAAUGGAAAUGGUAACCAUGGCGGAGGAGAAGCGUCCAAAGGAUACAGUAGUAGUGGGAAUAGUGGGCAAAGUGGAGGAUCUGAAUACAGUAAUCCAAGUACUGGAAAUGAUAAUAAAGGUGGAGAGCCAUCAAAGGACUACAGUGGUAGUGGAAGCAAUGGCAAAAGUGGAGGAGAAUAUAGUAAUCCAAGUACUGGAGGAAAUGGUUACAAAAGCGGAGAAGAACCAUCGACCAAAGAAUACAAUGGUAAUAUGAAUGGUGGCAAAAGUGAAGAAUACAAUGGUCCAAGCAAGGGUGGAGAUGAAAACAACGGUGGAGGAUAUGCUAAUUAUGGAAGCGGUGAAACAGUUUACAAAUUAUUCAAAGACUAUCGUCGUUAUCAAAGAGGUAAUGUAUAUGGCAGAGGUGGUGGCAGACAACCUUGA